AUGGCCAUCCCCGACGUGCCCGCCGCACAGCCUGCGCCCUCCAAGGCCGACCGCGCAAAGGUCCUCCUCCCGCCAAAGGGCCGGUACCGCCUCGGCGCCCUCCUCCGCGCACCCAACCGCGUCCUCCACCCGGGCCAGCUCAUCGAGAAGGAGCUCGAGAAGACGGCUGCGGCCCCCAAGACUGCAAAGGAGCCCAACGACCAGUUCAAGGGCACGACCGCCGGCAUUGUUCGCGGUCUGCAGCGCGUCAAGCUGUGCGACGUGACGAUGGACGACGUUAUCGCCGGCCGGCACACGCCGCCGCUCACCCUGCGCGACUUCGAGGACUUCCUGUGCUUCCGCGAGAAGUCGGCCGAGAACCUGUACUUCCACCUGUGGCUCGACGAGUACCGCCGCCUGUACGACCGCGCGCCGGCGUCCAAGCGCUCGCCCGAGGAGGUCAUGACGCUCGGCCAGUCGUUCAAGACGGCGUGCGACACGUUCUUCGCCCAGUCGUCGCCCCUCGAGCUCAACGUGCCGUCCGACAUGCGCCGCGACAUCGACUCGCGCAUCGCGAGCGUCGAGCAGGCGUCGGCCGCCGCGCCGUCCAACGAGGCCUUCCUCCCGCCGCAGGCGUUCGACAAGCUCCACGACCACACGCACGAGCUCCUCGCCAUGUCGUUCCGGUCGUUCCGCAAGCAGGUCGUCCGCAACGCCGACCGCAACCGCGGCUGGUUCGCCAUGUUCCUCGGCAUCCUCACCUGGGCCCUCGGCCUCAUCCCGACCAUCGUCUGCUGCGUCCUCGACAAGAGCCGCGGCUGGAGGGCGUUCGGCCUCCCGCUGUGGUGGUUCGGCACGGUCGUCGCCGUCGGCGGCUUCGGCAAGACGUGCCUCGUCAUCUACCUCUUUGGCGACAACCGCCAGCUCUACCCCUGGGAGCGCCAGGAGUACAACGACGCCGCCACCAUGUCGUCCUCGUCCGAGCACAGCUCGGUCGACCCGUGGAACGCCUCGUCGGCGAGCGAGGACGGUCGGUCGUCGUACGCUGCCGCCAACGAGAAGCGCGAGCGCAGCCCUCCCGCCACGCCCGCCUUCACCUCGACCCUGCCCGAGUCGGCCUCGCGCCGCAGCUCGCAGCACUCGCCCCUGUCCGACCUCGGCUACUUCCCGCUGCGGCCGGCGUCGGCGUCCGAGCGGUCGGGCUCUGGCAGCAGGUCGGGUUCGGGCAGCAGGUCGCCGACGGGCCGCUCGUCGACGACGCCGGGCGGGCUCUACUUUGCGCCCGCCGCCAUGGAGCUCCCCAAGUCGUCGCCGACGUGGGAGUCGUUCACCAAGAUGAUGUCGCCCAUCGUUGCUCGGGCGCAGCGCGACCUCGUCAUGACGGCCGCCAUCUAUGGGCUCGUCGUGAUGGUCAUCACCGGCGCCAUCUGCCUCGCAGUGCCCAACCGCAGCCGUUGA